GGGGUGAGCUCACAGUCUCUCGGACGAGCUGCAGGAGAGGAGCGCGCGAGCACAGCGGCUGCGGAGCUUCACGCGACUGGAUGCGCUACACAGGCAGUAGAUGAGGAUGAGGAUGAGGAUGCAGGCGCGCGGCAGCAGCACGCUCUUCCUCCUGGCGCUGACGUCACUGCUCACCGGACCCACCCAGGGCCAAGUAGCUGCUCCGAGGAGAUUGCGCUAUAAGGAGCUGGGCUCGGGCAUGCUCAGUGUGUCGUGGAAGGAGCCGAAAGGAGAGUUUGACAGUUACAGGCUGAUCUACAGCUCCGGCUCAGCCGCGGGUGGGUCAGAGGAAGAGGUGCAGGUGACUAAAGAGGAGGCUAAAGCUGUGAUAGCAGAUUUUGAUCACAGUAAAGAAUACAGCUUCAGAGUCAUCGCCCUCAGCGGCGCUCAGGAGAGUAAACCCUUACUGGGCAGCUAUAAAGCAACGAGGUCAGAGGUCAGUGACAGCAGCUCGCAGACUCACAGGGAGAAGCAGAACAGCGAGCCUGAGCAGGACAAUGAGAUCAGAAAAGUGGAUGUGUUUGUAUGUAAGACCCCGGCGAUAGCUGAUAUUGUGAUUCUGGUGGACGGCUCAUGGAGUAUCGGCCGUAUCAAUUUCCGGCUGGUGCGGAUGUUCCUGGAGAGCCUGGUGAACGCCUUCUCCGUCAGCUCGGACCAGACUCGCAUCGGAUUGGCACAGUACAGCGGAGACCCCAGGAUUGAGUGGCACCUGAACACACACUCCACUAAAGAGGCUGUUAUCAACGCUGUGAAGAACCUGCCAUAUAAAGGAGGAAACACACUAACAGGUCUUGCUUUGAUGUAUAUAUUGGAGAACAGCUUUAAGCCGGAGUCGGGAUCCAGGACGGGCGUUCCGAAAAUCGGAAUUCUGAUCACAGAUGGGAAAUCUCAGGAUGAUGUUCAGGGACCUGCUAGGAGUCUGAGGGAGGCGGGGAUUGAGCUGUUUGCAAUCGGUGUGAAGAAUGCUGAUGAGAACGAGCUGAAGGCGAUAGCGUCUCCUCCUGAAGAGACGCAUGUGUAUAACGUGGCUGAUUUCAGUGUGAUGAGCUCUAUAGUGGAGGGGCUGACCCGGACGGUGUGUGGGCGAGUGGAGCAGCUCAACCGAGAGAUCAAAGGAGAAACCGGCCCAUCUACAGCUCCUGCCGCUCCCCGCGACCUUGUGACCUCAGAGGUCACUGCCAGGAGUUUCAGAGUGACCUGGACUCACGCCCCCGGCACUGUGGAGAAGUACAGAGUGGUGUAUUAUGCUUCCAGAGGAUCCCAGCCAGAAGAGGUCGUGGUGAAUGGUGAUGAGAACUCGGUGGUGCUGCAGCAUCUCAACUCUCUGACCGAGUAUCAGGUGGCCGUGUUCGCUGUCUACAGUAAUUCUGCCAGUGAGGCUCUGAGGGGCAGCGAGACCACACUGGCUUUACCCAUGGUGAAUAAUCUGGAGCUGAACGACAUCACACACAGCAGUAUGCGUGUACGGUGGGGAGUUGCAGAAGGGGCUUCUGGGUAUAUGAUCCUGUACGCCCCGCUGACGGAGGCAGACGUAUCAGAUGAGAAGGAGGUGAAAGUAGCAGACACUGUGACUGAGAUUGAGCUGGAGGGUCUCACUCCUGCAACUGAGUACACCGUCACUGUCUACGCCAUGUACGGAGACGAGGCCAGUGACCCCAGGACUGGCCAGGAGACAACCCUUCCUCUGACUCCUGCUCGGAAUCUGCGGAUCAGUGAAGUGUCUCACAGCUCGGCGAAGCUCACCUGGGAGGCAGCGUCUCGUAAAGUGAAUGGAUAUCGGAUCAUGUACGUGAAGACUGACGGAGUUCAGACCAACGAGGUUGAAGUGGGACGGAUCACCACACUGUUGCUAAGCAACCUCACCUCUCUGACAGAAUACACAGUGGCCAUCUUCGCCAUCUAUGAUGAAGGGCAGGCCGAGUCUGUUACCGACAGCUUCACCACCAAGACGGUUCCAGCGCCGCAGAGUCUGAGGAGCAGUGAUGUGUCUACAGACCGGUUCAGAGUGAGCUGGCAGCACGCGGCAUCCGACGUCACACUGUACAAACUCACCUGGACACCUGUCAGAGGAGGAGAUACCAGAGAGUCAGUGAUUAAUGGUAAUUUGAACUACUAUGUGAUUACUGGUCUGAUGCCCCUGACGGAAUACGAGGUCUCUCUGACAGCCAUUUACAGAGACGAGUCAGAGAGUGAGACCAUACAGCUCAGCCAGAUUACAGCUCAAAGAACAACAACUGUGGCAACCACAACUACCACCACUACUACAGCAGUAGUGCGUCUGGGUGUGAGGGGUCUGCAGCUGAGUGAUUUCACUACAUUCAGCAUGGGUGUGUCGUGGGAGCUGCUGCGCUCCACCGGUGUUCGUCAGUACAGAGUGUCCUACAUCACAGCGCGUGGAGAUCGAGCUGAACAGGUGAUGAUGGUUCCUGGUAAUCAGAACGCAGUGGUGCUGCAGCCUCUGCUCUCUGAUACGGAGUACAGGGUGAGUGUGACAGCUGUUUACGCUGAUGGAGAUGGACCGUCCGUCACUCGCUCUGCUCGCACUUUGCCUCUCUCUGCUCCUAAAAAUCUGAGGGUAUCAGAGGAAUGGUACAAUCGCUUCCGCAUCACCUGGGACACGCCCCCUUCUCCCACUAUGGGCUACAGGAUCGUCUACCAGCCAGUCUCAGGGCCGGGUCGAGCUCUGGAGACGUUUGUUGGGGACGACGUGAACACCAUGCUGAUACUGAACCUGCUGAGUGGCACAGAGUACAGCGUAAAGGUCAUCGCCACCUACACCACCGGCUCCAGCGAGGCACUGACCGGCAGAGCCAAGACCCUUUACCUGGGUGUGUCUAAUCUGAACACCUAUCAGGUGAGGAUGAACAGUAUGUGUGCUCAGUGGCAGCCCCAUCGCCAUGCCAACCAGUACCGUGUGAUCAUCGAGUCGCUACUGAAUGGUCAGAAGCAGGAAGUGAGGUUGGAUGGCUCCGAGUCCAGGCAUUGCUUUAACGAGCUGAGACCAGACACUCAGUACAAGAUCAGCGUUUACGCCCAGCUGCAGGACACCGAGGGGCCGGCCGUCACCACCAUCCAGAAAACAUUCCCUGUACCCACCGCUCCACCUACCAGACCCCCCACCACCACCCCCCUGCCCACCAUUCCUGUUGCUAAAGAAGUGUGCAGAGCUGCGAAGGCUGAUCUGGUGUUCCUGGUUGAUGGAUCGUGGAGUAUCGGUGAUGAUAACUUUGUGAAAAUCAUCCGCUUCCUGUACAGCACGGCCGGGGCGCUGGAUGAUAUUGGACCCCGAGGAACGCAGGUGGCCAUAGCUCAGUUCAGUGAUGACGCUCGCACUGAGUUUAAGCUAAACUCUUACGAUGACAAAGAGAGUCUGCUGGACGCCAUUCAGAAGAUUUCAUACAAAGGAGGAAACACUAAAACAGGAAGAGCCAUACAGCAUGUGAAAGAUGCUAUCUUCACCGUGGCGGGAGGAAGUAGGCGGGGCGUGCCCAAAGUGCUUGUGGUCCUCACCGACGGACGUUCCCAAGACGACGUCAACAAGAUCUCCCAGGAGAUCCAGAUGGAGGGUUACAUUGUGUUUGCGAUUGGGUUUGCUGAUGCUGAUUAUGGGGAGUUGGUGAGCAUUGCCAGUAAACCCAGUGAAAGACACGUGUUCUUCGUGGAUGAUCUGGAUGCUUUUAAAAAGAUAGAGGAGAAGCUCAUCACCUUCGUCUGUGAGGCUGCUACAGCAACUUGUCCGUCUGUCCCAAUGAGUGGCAGCACACUACCAGGCUUUAGGAUGAUGGAGAUGUUCGGGCUGGUGGAGCACCUGUACAGUAAUCUUGAGGGCAUUUCAUUGGAGCCAGGAACCUUCAACAGCUUCAACAGCUACAGACUGGCCAGCGACGCACUGCUGGCACUGCCUACCAGGUUUAUCCACCCCGAGGGUCUGCCGUCUGAUUACACCAUCACCAUGCUGUUCCGCCUGCUGCCCGAAACCCCUCAGGAGCCCUUUGCCUUGUGGGAGAUUCUCAACAGCAGGAAUGAACCAUUAGUGGGCGUCAUCCUGGACAAUGCAGGAAAGACACUGACGUUCUUCAACAGCGAUUAUAGGGGUGAUUUUCAGACGGUAACAUUUGAAGGUCCUGAGAUUAAGAAACUUUUCUAUGGAAGCUUCCACAAGCUGCAUAUAGCGGUGAGUAAGACGCUGGCUCAGGUGAUGGUGGACUGUAACCUGGCUGGAGAAAAACCCAUUAAUGCUGCUGGAAACAUCACUAUUGAUGGAACGGAGGUUCUGGGCAGGAUGGUUCGCUCCAGAGGAGACAAGGACAACUCCGCACCGUUUCAGCUGCAGUCGUUUGAUAUCAUAUGCAGCACAUCGUGGGCUCGUCGAGACAAGUGCUGUGAUCUUCCCAGCCUGAGAAAGGAGGCAGACUGCCCGGCUCUUCCUCGGGCCUGCACCUGCACUCAGGACAGUAAAGGCCCCCCCGGCCCCCCGGGACCACAGGGCAGUGUUGGUAUCAGAGGAGCGAGGGGGGAUCGGGGAGAGCCGGGACCUGUGGGAGCAGUGGGUCCAGUGGGAGAUGCUGGAUUAUCAGGACCCCAGGGACCUCCCGGCCCCCAGGGGCCCAGUGGAAGAUCCAUCAGAGGCCCACCGGGUGCCCCAGGGGAGAGGGGGGAGAAAGGUGAGGCAGGACCUCGGGGGACUCAGGGUGUUCCAGGAUCAUCAGGGUCUCCAGGAAGGGAGGGCCCUCCAGGACCCAGGGGUUUACCAGGUAAAGACGGACCGCAGGGCAGAGUGGGUCCCCCAGGCACUAUUGGAAGUCCAGGAGCACCAGGGGCACCAGGUCAGAACGGCCCGCCCGGACCUAUUGGAGAGCAGGGACCACCGGGUACCGCAGGCACCAAAGGAGAGAAAGGAGAAAGGGGGGAUAUGCAGUCUUCGUCUUCAGUACAAGCCAUCGCCAGACAAGUGUGUGAACAGCUCAUCCAGAGUCACAUGGCUCGUUAUAACUCCAUCCUGAAUCAGGUUCCCAGUCAGCCGGUGUCGAUCCGCACUGUUGCCGGACCUCCGGGAGAGCCGGGCCGCCAAGGACCACCGGGACAGCAGGGAGAGCAGGGUCCACCCGGGCGGCCUGGGUUCCCUGGAUCUAACGGAGAGAACGGCCAACCUGGAGGCAGAGGUCUUCCAGGUGAAAAAGGAGAGAAGGGAAGCCCAGGUGUGGGCGUUCAGGGCCCCAGAGGACCUUCAGGACCUCCAGGGCCACCUGGUGAGGGGAGGACUGGUGGUCCGGGCCCUGCUGGCCGUCCUGGUAACUCUGGGACCCCGGGCAGGCCGGGCAUGCCUGGACCAGUAGGACCCGCAGGACCCCCGGGCUACUGUGAUCCAAACUCCUGCGGAUACAACGUUGGGGUCCAACUGCCACCAAACUCGUACCAAACGUACGGCGCCGAGGAGGAGGGAGGGGAGGAGGACCCCUACGGAAGCUACGGCACGUACCCCUCCUACUACCAGCCCAACUACCCCCAGCCCCGCCCCGUGGAACCGGACGACCCAGUCAUGGCGGAGGAGCUGGAGGAGCUGCGGUCGCCAGGAAUACAGCGGCAGACUCGCAGCGUAUCGACGUGGAGGCGGGGUCAGAAAGGAGAUCCGGAAAAGAUCUAUUAACCUCUAUUAAAUAAAAAAAUUAACUCUGGUUAACCAUUUUUUAAACCCUUAAAGGGAUACUCUGUGGCCAAGCAGUCAAUAACACAGAUUUCCCUUUAAUAAAUGCAGUCAAUCAGCCGAGAAAUGUUUGGUGUCAGAAGUGGCUUUGAGCUGAAGCUAUGAGGCUAAUAGGAAUCUAGAGCUCAGGAAAUUAGCAUUGCUAAUGUGGGUUAUGACACUGAUAUGCUUUUAGAAAAGUCUGACAGACAUAGGUGGAUUUGUCCCCCCC